AGACUGUUUACGCUUUAGACACGCUCUCUUCCAAUUCUUCAUUUCUUAAAAAGAACUACUCAAUCGCCAAACUAGCCGUUCUCUCUCUCUCUCUCUCUCUCUGAGCUUCUAACUGCUUCUCUGCUUCCUGUAGCUGAAAUUAUGUAAAGAAAAGUUAAAGAACAAAGCUCAAGUUCAAGCUAAUUUCUGGGUUUCGUAGAUUUAGCAGUAGGGAAAGAGAGAUACAGAGAAGGAAAUGGCUACGUGCAGGGUAUUUGCUGCUGUGUUCCUCGUCCACAUUUGGGUGCUAGCAAGCUUAUGCUCAGCUGGAGAUCCAUACGUUUUCUACAACUUUGAGGUGUCUUACAUUACUGCUUCACCUCUUGGCGAACCGCAGCAGGUUAUUGCUGUAAAUGGCAAGUUCCCAGGCCCUACUGUAAACGUGACCACCAACGACAACGUGGUUAUCAAUGUUAGGAACAAAUUGGAUGAACACCUCCUUUUGCAUUGGUCUGGAAUUCAGCAGAGGAGAAGUUCAUGGCAAGAUGGGCUUCCUGGCACAAACUGCCCAAUUCCACCAAAGUGGAACUGGACUUAUCAGUUUCAGGUCAAAGAUCAAGUUGGGAGCUUCUUUUACUUCCCUUCGCUCAACAUGCAGAGAUCUUCUGGUGGAUUUGGAAGCUUCAUUAUCAACAACCGAGCCGUCAUCCCGAUUCCUUUUGAUACGCCACAUGGAGACAUUGUCAUUACAAUUGGUGAUUGGUACAAGAGGAAUCACACGGCUUUGAGGAGGGCCCUUGAUGCAGGGAGAGAUCUGGGGAUGCCAGAUGGAGUUCUUAUCAAUGGCAAAGGCCCCUACCAAUACAAUACAACCUAUGUUCCGGAUGGCAUUGACCAUGAAACAAUCACAGUUCAGCCAGGAAAAACAUACCGAGUUAGAGUUCACAAUGUCGGAGUAUCGACCAGCUUGAAUUUCAGGAUCCAGAACCACAACAUGCUCUUAGCAGAGUCAGAAGGGUCAUACACAGUUCAACAGAACUACACUAGCUUGGAUAUACAUGUUGGACAGUCCUAUUCUUUCCUGGUCACCAUGGACCAGAAUGCAAGCAGUGAUUACUACAUCGUGGCAAGCGCCAGAAUGGUCAAUGAGACAACAUGGAGAAGGGUGACUGGUGUCGGCAUCUUGCAUUACACCAACUCCAAAGGGAAAGCAAGUGGUCCCUUGCCCGCUGCGCCUCAAGAUGAGUUCGAUAAGACUUUCUCCAUGAACCAAGCUCGAUCGAUAAGGUGGAAUGUUUCUGCGAGUGGAGCUCGUCCCAACCCGCAGGGCUCAUUCAGGUACGGUUCGAUCAACGUUACGGAGGUGUAUGUGCUGAAGAACACGCCGCCAGUGCAGAUUAAUGGGAAGAAAAGAGCGACGCUUAGUGGGAUAUCAUUUAUCAAUCCUGCUACUCCAAUUAGGCUUGCUGAUCAGUUCAAAGUGAAGGGAGUUUAUAAACUAGACUUCCCGAAUAAUCCGCUUACUGGACCACCCAAGUUGGAGACUUCAGUCAUUAACGGCACGUACAGAGGUUUCAUGGAGGUCAUUCUUCAGAACAACGAGACCAGGAUGCAGAGCUAUCACCUUAGUGGAUAUGCUGUUUUUGUUGUCGGGAUGGACUAUGGAGAAUGGUCUGAAAACAGCAGGGGCACCUACAACAAGUGGGAUGGCAUUGCCCGCACAACUGUGCAAGUUUACCCUGGAGCAUGGACAGCAAUCCUGGUAUCGCUCGACAACGUUGGAGUCUGGAACCUGCGAUCGGAGAACCUGGACUCAUGGUACCUCGGACAAGAAACGUAUGUGAGAGUUGUGAAUACCGAGGAGACGAACAAGACCGAGUUCCCCAUCCCUGAUAACGCACUCUUCUGUGGAGCCCUUAGCAAGAUGCAGAAGCCACAAGACAUCUCUUCUGCAGCAAGACUGCUCAUCAAAGGCAGCAACUUUAGCCUACUGAUCACAUUGUUGUACUUGGUAUCUGCGGCAAUCUCCAUCUUCAGUUGAUUUUGCUUCGAGAAGUCGGGAGUCUAUCUAGUCUAGUCUGGUAUUCGGUGUGCUUGAUUGAGGGCUUGUUUUGUUCAUGGCGGUCUGCAGGGUUAGUUGAGACUCAAGAGUGGGGAUUGAGGGGUCUGUAAGUUCUAGUGGGUGGGUGUUGAUAACAAAAGAUGUUAAAUUUCCUAUUAUUUUUCAGGGAUCUCCAUGAAUUUUUUACUUGUAAUUUGUCCUAGCUUCUUUCAUUUAUUGGGAUCUGUCUAUUCUUUUAAAUCAAAUGCAGGUAAUCUA